UUUAAAAUUUCAAGUUAGCAAAAAAUAUUGAGCAUUAAUUUUUGAAAUUGAUACGUUACGAACGUCACAACGAAUGUCAUUUUAAUUUUUUUAAAGACAAGAUGCUAAGGGCGUUUUCAGGAUUUUUGAGGAAUUUUACUAAGAUUCAAUGUCGAUUUCUGCACGACAACCCCAAAAGCACCACAUGGAAAUCCGCGGCGUGCGGGAGCCCCAUUUAUUGUUACGGAAAACUUUUAACGACCAUCCAAAAUUCGCGAAUCUUCCAUGACUCAAAAACGUUCGUCGAUAUGAAGAUGAGAAGGACCGUUUUCGAAACGGUCGGGGCUUUUAAUCUUUUAAUGACGCAAUACGACGAUUCCCCAUCGAGGGAGGUCCUAGAAAGUUACGUGCGAGAUUAUUUCGAGCAAGAGAGCGAAUUGGAAGAUUGGUUCCCGUUGGAUUUUAUGCCUGAGCCGAAAUUUUUGGAUACGAUCCGAGACCCCGAAAUGAACAACUUCGCAAAACAUCUCGUUUGGCUAUGGCCGAAACUCGGGCGAAAAUUAAAACAGGAGGUGCAUUUAAGUCCCGAGCAAUACUCUUUGAUCCCUCUUAGCAAUGGGAUCAUCAUUCCGGGGGGAAGAUCUCGCGAAAUUUAUUAUUGGGACACAUAUUGGAUUAUAAACGGUCUGUUGAUAUCGGAGAUGUACGAAACUGCGAGGGGAUUAAUCGAUAAUUUAAUUUACACCGUAAAGAUUUAUGGUUUCGUUCCGCAUGGUGGAAGGAUUUAUUACGCCCAAAGAUCUCAACCGCCUUUAUUAACUUGCAUGGCAGCGAAUUAUAUCAGAUACACCAACGACGUCGACUGGUUGAGAAGUAACAUUUUAUUUUUAAAGCGCGAAUUAAAACAUUGGAGAAGCAAACGAAUGAUUCCGAUUGAAGUAAAUCUGCACACUUAUAACAUGGCUCAUUACGCCAUUGAAGGACAUGGUCCUCGUCCUGAAUCGUUUCAUGACGACGUCGAAAUCACGUCUCAUUUAGAAACUGAAAAAGAGAAAGAAGAGGUGUACAUUAACAUUAAAUCUGCCGUUCAAAGCGGGUGGACGUUUUCUUCAAGAUGGAUUUAUGACGAAGAAGGAGAUUCCAAAGCGAGUUUAUCUCACACUCAAACCACUUUGAUUAUCCCAGUCGAUUUAAACGCGUUUAUUCACAAAGCCUUUAGUGAUAUGUCAUAUUUAUUUGGGAAAUUGGGAAAUGUCGAGCGACAAGUUUAUUGGCAAGAAAAAGCUGAUGACAUAGCCUUCGCCAUCGAUAAAGUCCUUUUUGAUCAGAAAGAUUUAACUUGGUAUGAUUACAACAUCAAGUUAAGGGCUCAUAGGAAAAAGUUUUAUGCAAGCAAUUUCACUCCGUUGUGGACUGGAGCUUAUAAAAAGGAGGACACUGCCAAAGUCGCCAAAGGAACUGUUGAUUAUAUCACAAAAAUGGGUUUGUUGGAUUACAAAGGGGGGAUGCCCACCUCUUUGGAGUAUAGCGGGCAAGAAUGGGAUUUUCCAAACGCGUGGCCCCCGCUUCAAGCCAUCUUAGUGCAAGGAUUAGAAAGAACCGGCCAACCUGAAGCUCAAAUUAUGGCUAAACAAAUGGCGACGCGAUGGGUUCACGCUAAUCUUCAAGGUUAUAACGAAUCGGGGGUGAUGUACGAAAAAUAUAAUUGUGUGGAAGCUGGGAAAUACGGCACGGGGGAAUACAUCCCGCAAGUUGGAUUCGGGUGGUCCAACAGCGUCGUUUUGGAGUUUAUUUUGCAAUAUUACGGCAAACCAAUGAAUUUAGAACCGGCUCAACCCGCAGUGGAAGAAACUAGCCCAUCGGGAGAUUCCACAAGCUUGGCGGGACCCCCAGGUCCGCAAAUUUUACCGAAUACUCAAGAAAUACCGAAGCUACCAAAGGAACCUUCAUCAGAUCCACCUAAAUUAGAACCAUCUCAAUCAGAUCCAACAAAAUCAAAUUAAAUUUAAUCUUUUUUAAUAAUAAUUAGUGUAAAAAUGCUUUUGUAAUGAAUUAA